GGAGGGCAGCAGCGACCACGCAGACUACCCGGAGUUCUUGUUCCUCAUGCGGAAGAUUCUCGACGACGAUUUCGCCAACGUCAGCGAGAAGACGCGCGGCCCCGACGACGGCACCAGGUCGCGCCGGAGCAGGCGCCGCUCCUCGACGGCGCGCGGCACCGCCAAGGCCCUGGGCGCGAGCAUCCGGGCGAGCCAGCUGCGCGCCGGCGGCGGGGACCAGAGCCAGGCUGGGGUCGGCAGCGUCCCCGUCAGCCGCCGCAACUCCAGGCAGUCGACGGGCACGUAUUCUCGACGGGUGUCGACCACGUCGGUGGCCUGACAGAGUGGCGGCGGGCGCCGUCUGCACAGAAGCCCGUCUCGCCCAGCUGCUCCUCGCCCAUCCUCUUCUAACUGGCCUUCUCCUCCUC